CCGCCCUCAUUUCCGUCAGACGCAAGUUGCACGCCGAACAUAGCGAGUCCUGGAAGAUAUCUCUUCCAGCAGCGCUAUUCAACCGACACUCGCUAACGAACCUCUUUGUCUAUCCCUCUUUCACCUCUGUGCUCCACCCAACCUCCUCUCAAAAUGAACUCCAUGAUCGUGCUCGCGUGCGUGGCGCUGGCUGGCGGCGCUAUGGCCAACCAGGGCCAGGGCUGGCAGGGCCCGCCCGCCAACAUCGCGCUGUCGCAGGACGGCCGCAACAUCCUGGACACGCCCGAGGUGGCGCAGGCCCGCGCCGCGCACCUGUCCGCGCUGCAGCGCGCCGCCCAGAACAACCCCAACCCGCAGGACGACGGCUCCUACAACCCGCAGUGGGACAACGAGGAGUACUGGCAGCGCGCCGAGCAGCCCAAGCAGUGGAACGCCGCCCCUGCCCAGCAGUGGAACGCCGCCCCCGCGCAACAGUGGAACGGAGCCCCCGCGCAGCAAUGGAACGCCGCCCCGGCCCAACAGUGGAACGCUGCCCCCGCUCAACAAUGGAACGCCGGCCCCGCCCCCGUCGCCGAGACCCCUGAGGUAGCCCAGGCCCGCGCCGCCCACCUCGCCGCCCUCGCCGCCGCCAAGUCCGCCGCGCCUGCCCAACAGAACCAGUGGAACGCUCCCGCUCAACAGCAGUGGAACGCCCCCGCCCAGCAGCAGUGGGCCGCGCCCUCGCAGCAGUGGUCCGGAGCUCCCUCGUGGCAGGCGGCGCCGCAGCACCAGGCCGCCAACAUCCGCCUGUCCCACGACGGCAGCCAGAUCCUCGACACGCCCGAGGUGGCGGCGGCGCGCGCGGCCCACCUCGCCGCGCACGCGCAGGCCGCGCACGCCGCGCCCGCGCAGCCCCAGCACCAGCAGCACUGGUGAUUCCUCUCCACCCCCCCUCCCCUGCCCUCCUCCCGCCCCCCCGGCCCGGGCUCGCCCGCAGCGCGCGGUCCCCCGGACGGCGCAGUCUGCGCGGCGUCACCCGGAGCCGCUCUUCUUCGAUCUCUUCUUCGUUUAGAAAUUUUCAAAGUGCAAGUGCGUCAGCCUGUUCUUUCUUCGUGGCUUUUUUUGUUACUUUCAUAAACAAAUUUCUAUUCAACGAAUUCUUUUGUACAUAAUUGUAUGUAUAUGCGUAAUAAUUAUUAAUGAAUUAUAUGAAAACAUAAACAUUU